UACCUCCAUUACCAGCAUAAAAGGCGUACAACAUCUAUUCGGCAUCAUACCAUUGGCUCUCUCUAUUUCAACCCUUCCCCAUCCAUCCACUCCAUCACUCUCCAAACAGAUAGAUAUAGUAAUUCAAUGACGAAGCCUUGCUGUGAUAAGGAAGACAUGAAUAAAGGAGCUUGGUCCCAGCAAGAGGAUCAGAUGCUUACAGAUUAUAUCAAGAAACAUGGUGAAGGUCAUUGGCGAAACAUCCCCAAAGCUGCAGGCCUGCUUCGUUGCGGCAAAAGUUGUAGGCUGAGAUGGAUAAACUAUCUAAGGCCAGACCUUAAAAGAGGCAACUUCGCUGAAGAUGAAGAAGACCUUAUCAUCAAGCUUCAUGCACUCCUAGGCAAUCGGUGGUCAUUGAUUGCUGGGAGAUUGCCAGGACGGACAGACAAUGAAGUGAAAAACUAUUGGAAUUCCCAUUUGAGAAAAAAGCUAAAAAGCAUGGGAAUUGAUCCAAAGCACCUUCGUCUGAGUCAUUAUCUUGCCAGGCAUCGAAUCCAUGGCUUUACGGCAGGUGAAACUUCAUCAGCCAUAAAAAAUUACCAACCCUCUCCUCAUGAUCAAAUAAAAUCUUCAGGAAUUGCAAGUGAUCAGCACCAAGUUUCUGAUGCUGGAAGUUGUGUAGAUGAUGAUGAUUCAAGUACCAUUUUGCCUGAUCUGAACGUGGAUAUAGCAUCUGACUCUUGUCUUCCUUCAGGAGCUACUACUGAAGAAAAAAAAGCAUCGACUUCUCUUCCAUCAGAAGAUGCAGUUAACGAGAAAACCAAGGAUGAACAAUAUUUAACAUCUAGACAACCUGAACAACCUUUAUCUCCUACCCUGCCACUUUUUAGAUGAUUGUUGGCUGAGUAAUUGUUGCCUAUUUUCUUUUUUGGUUACAGGGCCGAACUCCUGAUUAUGGAGCAAGCAUCUCCACCCAGACUAACCAAGCCGAACCCCUGUGUUAGGGAACAGGCAUCUCCUAAUAAAGAAGCAGUAAUUGCAAUUCUCAUUUAGCUCCCUUUUAGUUGAGUAUAUGUAAAAACCUAUAUAUGUUUUGGUGUUUGUCAGUUUAAUUGAGAAGAGUUUGGCUA